CACCUGACCAAUCGCAGGCUGAUACCUCUCCUUUAUAUAUAUUACGAAGGAGCUACACCCAACUUCAAAGUCUUCCUUGUCUCAUCCAGAAGCGAGCGACAUGAAUAUGCUGAAGGAAAUGAAAGUUUAUCUCAACUACAGAACUCACAGUACAAUGAAAUGAUGACUCAAAAUUCACAGGAUGCUUUCAAUUCUCAACAGCUAUCCAGUGGGUCAGAAGUACAAAGUUCGCAGGGGCGCAGAAGAUUCUUAGAUAAUUACAUGUCUGUAAAUGGUAACCAUCAAUCUAGAGGACAUGGAAAUAUCCACCAAAAAUCUUCGAAGAGUGAUCACCCCAGCUCUGCUGUUUCUACGAAGUCUAAUUUCCUACAACAGCUACAGUUUAACAAAGCCAAAGCAAGAGAACGAGAUGAAAGAGACCUGUUGAAUGUGGUUGUAAAGACAGUAAAAGAUUGUUCAGAAGAUGUAAAGUGCACUAUGAAUAACAUGCAAGAUAUCCUGAGUAGAUCAACCAACACCACAGAUGACAAACUGUCUGUAAUCAUGUCUUCAAUUUCACAAAAUAUACAGAAGAACUAUGAGAAAAUGAUUGCUGCUGUACAGAAACGUGAUCAGAAAAGCCAUCAACAAAACAUCUUGGAGCAUGAAAUAAAACAGAAAGUUGACAGAAUCCAAGAACUAGAACAACAGGUAAAAGAUGCACAUGAAAUGGGAUUUAGAAAUGUCGUCCAGUCAAUGAAGGAAGUUGUAGACCAGCAUCAGGCUGUGACCAAGGAGAAACUGGAGAGGCUUUCAGACAUUACUUCUGAGCUACUGGAUCAUCAAAAAGAGAUGAUUCACCAGCAGAGAGAGGGACAGGAUCAGCAGCACCAGCUACACCUUGAAGUUCAGGAUGCAGUAAGAGCACAGACAGGCACAGAUGAUAAACGUGUUUUAGAUGAACUAUUGAUACUGCGACAAGAAUUGGAUCAACACAAAUAUGAACUAGAGAAUUCUUGCAGGGAAAAAGUAUAUUCAACACAGAGACAAACUGAGGAUCUCAAGAAGUUCAUGCGGGUUGGCUUUGAAGAUAAUGUACAGGAGAGCAUCGAACAGUCUAAACAACUGUAUGAGAACCAUUGUCAGCAGUUGAAGGAGAAUAUCAAUACACAUCAAGACAACAUAAAGAGCUUCAUUGACCAGAAGUUUAAAGAAAAGUCAGCAGAAUCUUCAGAAAAAAACUCUUCAUUGAAUACUGAACAUGAAGAACCCUUGUGGAUUGGGAAAAAUAGACAGAGAUUUUCUGACUAUCAUGAAUCUGUGCCCAAAAAAAUUCAGGAUCAGUUGAAUGAGAUGCAUAACAACCAUAUUAAAGAAAUUGAAAGAAUAAGAAAGGAAAUAAACCAGAGAAAUGAAGAGAGCCAAAGUAAGAGAGACUGUCAACUCCCCCCUGGAAGAUCAGGUAUGCUUCAUUCUAAAUUAUUAGAGUUUCAAGAAAUGGAGAAUGACAACCAGGACAAAGGUCUUAAUUUUAUAGCAUUUGAACAUGGUAAAAAAUCUUCAUUCAUUUCACCUGGUAACAUUAGGUCAUCAGGUUGGACAGCAAAACAGCUGUUCAGUAAAACUAAUCCAUCUCCAGUAGCUACAGUAUACCCACAGCGAAAAGAACAGGAGAUAUCAAAUAAACUGUAUGCUAAUGACAAACAAUCUCAGUCUUCUGAUGAACAGAAACAAGCACCAAAGUCCAAACCUAGAGGAAGUGCUCAACCUCAGCGAAGGUCACAAAGGCUGUUGGAAACAAAGGAAACUGCAAUGGAAGAAAAAGGACAGGAUUCUCAUAAUAACUACACUGAGCAGAGAAAUUCCCAGAGAAUUUCAAGCAUGCAAAGUGCUUGUCAAGAAGAUGGCAGACAAGAAGGAAGUGGUAGCUAUGAUAGCAACAUGUCGUACCAACAAAGAAGGCAGAAUAAUCCACUCGGGAUGCCACAGCUUGAGUCAAGGCAUACAUCACAUCAAGAACAGAAGCGGACAUCUCACACAGAAAAAAUGCAAAAUGGAAGGCAAGAACCAAGACAGGUCAUGACACUGGAUAACAGGCAAACAUUCACUCAGGAACCACAGCAAGAAUCCAAGAAGCAUAUUAUUGGGCAAUGGAACACAGAAGAAAACUAUAGCAAAUCAACAGGCAACCUUCGAAAUACAGACAAAUGCACCUACAGCAGAACUCCAAGACAGAGUGGCUUCAAGGCUCCAGAGGGUAUAUUGAGAGUCAACACUGUUAAAUCCAAUGUACAAUGCUAUUCUCAUCCAGCUGUAUCUCAUAAAACUGCAUCAGUGUACGACUUCAGCGAUGAAGUGUCAGCUGUAAGAUGCCAUCAGAAACCAAGUAUUGCAAAUCCACGGUCUGGGUCAUGCAACUUCAUCAAUUCAAGGGAAUUGCACGGUCAGCGUAAUGAAUACAGCCAAGAUAUGUCCAGCAGUAGAGAGUCCUCGCCAUCACUCUCUGUAACAAAGAUUGUCAUCCAGCGGAAAGUAAAGAGAGACAGAAAUCCAAGCUAUCAAACAUUGGAAGCAGCUGCCAAAAAAUUAGAUAAUAGCCAGGGUCAAUAUAAGGAGUAUGAUGAUGAUUUGCUCAGCAUUCUUGGGUCCUUCAAAGAUCAGGACAAUUACAACAAACAGCCAAAGCAAAGUCACUGCCAGAGGGGAAACAAGCGUCCUAUAGCCGACUACAGUUUUGGUACAACCUAUGCUCAAGUGACAGAGUCUAUCCAUAAGAAACGCAAACACAUUCUUUAGAAAUUGGAUAGUUGUCUUCAGCAAACACCUGAUUCAUUGCAUACCAGUGAACUACCGGUAUCAAUUUUAUUGCUUUGUUUCUUAACUAAUGUAAAGCAUACUUUAUUAUAGAUUUACUAAUCAUUUGAAUUCAAACAAAUUAUAUAUUGUUUUAGCUGAAAUAAGUGAUAAUUUAACAUUGGUUUCCUACAGGUUUGUGUAUCUUAUUGAGGUCAAGUCAGUCAUUUUAUAUUUGAAAGAAUCAGUUAAUUUUGACGUUGGUCCAGUCGUUUGUUUAUAGCCAACAUGUAAAUUCCAAGGAUUAUUUAAAUGUAAGAACUCAUGGUGUUGAUUAUGUUGGAUAUGGUACUGUAGCAUAUUUUAUAACCAUUUUCUCAUAAAAAGUACGUUAUUAGCAGCUCUCAGUUUGUCAACAUUAUUGGUAAAAUCAUUGUUCAUACUUUGUAAUAAACACUGAUGUACUGAACUUCAAAAAUACAUUGUUGUACUAUCUUUAUACUGAAA